CGCGCGUGAUCGCAUAUUAGCCCGCCUCCCGUACUUGCGUCACAAAGUGGCUCCAACAAGUCGACGUCGAUGGCGUUCCUGUGUGUGCACUCCGGAUUCCUUGUACUCGCUGUCGCCGCCUUCUUUCACACACUUUCCAUCGCCAGCAGCUACUGGGCGGUGGUCGACGACCUGAACCACUCCGGUCUGUGGCUUCACUGCGAGUGCGACGAUUGUAAAUUCGGGGGUCAGUCGGUCUGUCGUGGAUUGUCCAACGUUCCAGGUGUGUUGACUGGAGUGAGAAUUCUGGCUGGGGCGUCGCUGUCUUUCAUCUUGAUAGCGUAUUUUCUCUCUGUGUUCGGGUAUGUGAAAGCAAGGAUACGUUUUACAGCAGCAGCUGCCGUUGUGACACUGAUAAUCGCUGGUGCUUUGGCAGCUAGUCUAGCAGUAUAUUCUGUCAACUACUCAAGGUAUGCAGGCUUUCCUAAGGAUGACAGCGGGUCGCUUGGCUGGGCAUUUUUCCUCGGAUGCGUCGGUGUGGUGUUCCACGUUAUCGCUGCUUCAUGCUUUUUUGCCGAAACUGUGCAAGCUGUACGUCAGUCCCGUGGAUAUUAUCCUACCGAAAACGCGUUGCUCUGAUGUAUAGAUGUAGUUUAGAUUUCAGCCGCUCUCGUGUUGUCGUUGCAUUCACGUUUGCUUCCUUGCCGUCUUAUAAACAAAACAUGCCUCUGUGCAUCUACUUCUUUUGGUGUACGAACGUAUGGCCAUGAUGUACAGUAGGCUACCUGGUCACUGCAUGGGUGUAUGAGUCAUUGCUCGUGGUCACAAGUAUGACCAAUAUGCUUUAUGCUGUCAAGCUACAGCAAAGGGAAUCAACAAAACACUGUCGAUGAUGAUGAUGAUGCAAGUGGAAGGCGAGGCCAGGGAUUGAACUUUGACUGACGUAUGGCAAUGAAACGAGCUUGCACAUAGUAAACUAUCUCAUCACUAAUGACACACGCCAAUGUCCAUGAUGUUACACGAUGGUGAUGCAUAGCGAUAUGACCUACCUGUUGUAUUCCAGAUGGCUAAGGCCAGACCAACUAAAUUUUUGAUGCUCGAAUAUUUGGAUAUGAAACCUGGACUGACCAAUAAAACUAAAAAAGCAAUGAUCAUGUGACAUUUUAAGCAAGUGCAGUUUUUGUUGCACUGCAUACAAAUGUGAGAUAACGAAAUGUACACCAAAACAAAGAUGCUGAUACUAAGCAGAACUCGGACACAGUCACUGGUCCCAUGCACUGUUAGCACUUAUUCAGUGGUCUACCCAGGUAUGUUUCUAGGUUGCGUGCGAGUCUGGAAACCCCCAGGAGGUGGGCGUCACCUUUACUGUUAGUCCGAGUCACUGUUAGCACGAGGAUACUGAAGGAUCCUUUUCAGAACUGUAGUUUAACUUAUUUAAGAAGAUUAUUAGAUCAUUGAUGCUAUGCGACAGCAACUGGUUUGAGUUAUGACGUGUUAUAUCAUUGAUAUUAAUUUCUUUUGUUAAUAUUAACUCUUGGAAACCCCGCCCA